AAAAGAAAAGAAAAGAAAAAAAGGAAAUAAAAUAGCAAUAAAGUAACACCGCUUUGCAAAAAUGGCGUCAAUGUCGAACUACUCGGCUAACCUCAAAGGCUAACUUGCUAUGAUCGCUCAUUAUGGAACAUGAAGCGCCGCAUAGUCCGCAACGUAGACGAGAGAGGCUGAACCUAAGGAUGAAAAGUCUCAGCCUGGAUUCUCCGGAGGGUACCGCUCACGUCCGACAUCGUGCGCGUGAUUACUAUACCGGUGGCCAGAGGGAGUCCACGCCACCGAGAUACUCUGACAGCGGAAGCAUCAACAGAUUAUCACCGUGCAGUCCAGGCCAGGGCCACAGUGUCCACAAGCACAUCAGAGGAGCGAUCAGGAUGUCCAGUAUGGAGCUGCCAGAUGAGAAUGAGAAGUCCUACUCGUCUGCAAGCACCUCGCCUUGCCCCUCGCCGCACCCCAACAAUCAGAAUCACAUGAAUCCGCCUGGAAAGCGCGUUUUGCCACCCAAUAAUCUAUACGUGGUGCUGUACAACUUUGAAGCGCGACAUCGGGACGAGUUGGACCUGAAGGCUGGUUACAAAGUGACGGUGAUCGACAAAUCGGAGAAGGACUGGUGGAAGGGGAAGUGUUUGGGUGGCAGAGUGGGUUACUUCCCCAGUGCAUACGUCAUGCGAGUGGAGUCUGGACAGAAGACGCUUCAAGUUACUCGCAACUUGCAACUAACAGAUCAGAUCACCCUGUUACGUGACCAGGUUGGCGAGGAGGUGGACGGCGUGGUGAUGGUCCGCUGCGCCGCGGACGUGAGAUCGGCGGACCACACGGGCAAAGAGGGCGAGGUGUUGUACAAGGAGACUCUGUGCCCUCUCAAGUACCUCCAGGAACAGCCUCGCCAGCCGGGCGAGCGUCAGAAUUGCGCGAACCUUCGCGAGCGGUUCUCCGCGUCGGCACGACGCAACGCGGUCGAGAAGUACUACGAUUGCCUGCAGUGUGCCGAGCAGUGUCGCCACGUGACCAACAACAGCAGCAGCAGCAGCAACAACAACAACAACAACAAUAAUCCGAGUAUCGCCGCGAACAACAAUAACAAUCACCUAAAGCUGUCGAAGAGCACCAAGAGCAGCAGCUUGGUGGCAAAGAGCACGAUGAACAACUACAGCCGGGUGUCCAGCACCAUAAACUCCUCGUCACUGAAGGAGAACGCCAAGAUACUGGCUCGCCUGGACGAGACCAGAGUUCUGAAGAACGCCAAGGGUGGCAGCCUGGCCAAGUCGAUGAAGAAUCACGAGCCGGUGCCUCUGACUCCGGCCAAGAAGAGGUCGUCCCUGGCUCGUCCGGUCCGCGUCCACGACUCGUUCACCCAGCCGAGGAAGCUGUUGCCCAUGAACUAUGCCUUCCAGACGCUGCAGAAGGCCGGCGGCGAGUCCACGUACGAGGAGGACGAGUACAAGGAGACCGGCUGGCCUAUCCGGCUGAAGCUCGAGCAAAUGCUCGAGCUCACUCUGCCGCAGACCAAGAAGAGGCCGAAGAAGAAAACGUCGAUGAUGCUGAUGAAGCAACAGCAGACCAACAAGCACGCGUGCAAGGACACGGAGAGGCUGCUGCGCGUACUCAGCGUGAACAAUGUGGACCAAGAUACUAGGUACAACGUCACACGGUGUUCCGUCAUGUAG